UUUGAAUUGAAUUGCGGAUGGACGGAAGACUGGCGCUGCUCGAAGAAGUCCCUCUUGUGUACGUGGACAAGGACGCCGAGUCGGUCGUUCUCGUCAAGUCCAAGUUCCAGCAAACCCCUCCAUACACGCCUCCUCAACGGGUGGAGAACUUAGCAGGCGGAUGCAUCGUGCGUAAAGUGAGCUUCGUCAGCUUCCGUGCUAUUGGGAAGCAAGUGUUCUUGUGGGAACAUACUGCCGGCGACAGUGCUACCGCCGCCCCUGUCACCACAGCGCCGCCCCCACCGUCGACAUCGUUGGCAAUCCAACUGCCAGAAAGUGUCGCGCGAAAUGGUGUGAGUGUGUUUGAAUCGGCAGACAAGCAGUACUUGUCCGUAUGCAUUGUGACAGCCGCGAAGACCGUCCAUCGCUUCUGCUACAAACUGGACCCGGUUCUCAACUUUGCCGACGCCGCGCGGGACGAAGUGGCGUUCGCGAUGACGUCUCUACCUCUCCAGACGUCCAUUUCCUCUGUGUGCUGGCUCGAUGAAUGCAACGUCGUCGUCGGCGGGGACAACGGCGCAGUCCUCGCCAUCAACGUAGGACUGUCGAUCUUUGGCCACUCGGCGUCUUCGUUCCACGAGGUCCCGCUCACCGAUCACUCUGUGCUCCAAUGGGUGUGGGAAGGCCUUGGCUUCCAACCCACCAACAAGCCGCAGCCCAUCAUCGCCAUCGCCGCCGUCCCCGACCUCGUCGACGACGACUCAACCUCUUCGGACACGCUGAUCGUGACGCUGUCCGCCGACUUGGUGCUGCGUGUGUGGUCGUACGAGCACCAGAGCUGCCUGUGCAACCAGUCUCUGCGUCCGCACUUGGAACUCGACGCCGCCGCCGCCGAUCUCGCGGUCCUCCAUUUUAUCCCGUCGUCGACCGACGUCCGCGUCCUCGUGCACGCGUCGUCCAUCACGCACCCAUCCAAGAAUGAGAUCGUACUCCUUCGCGGCGACUUGACCUCCAAGGUGCUGGAUCUGGACGUUGUCCGGCGCUACGUCGUGCCCGCCGCCGCCGCCGCCCGCUUGGUCGAUUUCGUUGUCGUGGGGCCCUCAUCAACCUUGGGGCCCUCAUCAACCUCGUCGUCGCAGCAACUCGUAUCCGUGUGGCGCAGUGUCGCAGAAGACUUUGUCUAUGUGUUCCCCAUCUCGCGAACCGGUCCCAAGGUCAUCCUGGGCCAACGCGUCAAGGGAUUGGACACGUUUGUCCACCACCAUGAAUCCCACGACCUUGACUUGAACAAUGCCUCUACAGCUGACGUUGCCGACAUUGACAGCUACUACCUCGACCGACUGUUUGCCCCGAACCGAUUCAGUGCCGAAUGCAUACGCCACGCCCUAUCCGCGGCGUCGACGGCCGUGUCGGGCGCGGCUCUCCGCCGUCUGGCCCUUGAGGCCGUGCACCGCGAAUGCCCAGACAAGGCUCGGCGCGAGAAACAGACUGACGCCAACACCGUUCGCGUGGCAAUGUGGGUGCAACUGCUGCAGAAAUGCACCAAGCUUUGGGCGGUUGAGAACAUUCCGCUGGGCGUGGCCUCGAUCCAAGGCUCGCUCGUCCUCCUGCGCCGCAACCACACGUCCAUUUUGUUUCCGUCCACCCGCGCGAUCGUCGCGACGACUGGAUCAUCCUCGGUGCAUCACGACGACGAGCUCUCGGCCCUCAUCACGCCGUUCUUUGCGUCGUUCUCCCACCGCGACGUCAGGGCGGCGGUGCUUUGCGAGUGGAAUGUCGACCUUCAUGUGGACCUGACCAGCCCGUCGCUGCUCGACACACUCCGCCGCGAACUACAGCGCGGCCUUGUCCACACCAACCAACACCAAGGCAAGUCGCUGCCGACGCUGUUGGCCCGUGUGGCGCCUAUCUUGGCGGGGGAUGCCACCGCCCAAUCCGCCGUCUUGACGGCAUUGGUGGACAACCUGACGCUCUUGGACGCGUCGUCGUCGUCGGCAUCCCCAAGUGCAACCGCCGCCCCUCCGUCGUCCACGGACCUCAGCCUCGCGCUGCAUCGCAUGGGGGCUGUCGUCGUCCACGACAUGCUCGCGGCCACGUACGCGGCGCUGGGCUUUCUCGCGUUUUUGGAUGACGCGCAGCCGUCAUUCGUCGCGCCUGCUACGCUCCAACACAUCUCGACGGCGCUACUUCCCCGCGGCUUCGCUUUGUUGCGCAAGUGGGUGUUCUACCAGUGGUUGUUUGAUCAGCCGUCAUCACCCGACACUCAGGUCAUGCUCGUGCAAGCGUUUGCACGUCAUGAUGACGACAAUGAUGUCCAACGCAAUCUGGCGACGGCGGUGCUGGGUUUGCUCCACAAGGUGCACGACCUGCCGGCGCUCGCAUCGUUUGUCCACGCGACGCGCCAGCACGACGUGGUUCGCGUCGUCGUGCGCUACGCCCUGCAGCACCCCACUGACCCUGACGACGACGGCGCUGUGACCAUGUACCUGACCAGACUGCUCGGGGAUGCGUUGGUGGCGGAAGCGGUCGUUGGAUACGAACUCAACCACGAACGCCGCCAUGUCACGCACAUUUUGGAGCGGGCUGUGCGCAGCUACAUCACCGUGCUCGAGUUGGAACACCGCUCGACGACCACUGCCGCCUCCACUUCUCAACUGUACGAGAUCACGGGCCAUCUCAAGGAGACGGCGCCGCGCCCGUAUGCCGCCAAGUUCAUUUUGCAGCUCUUGCACGCGUCGCUGGUCUUUCACUGUAGUGACGAUGUGACUGGCGCGACCGAGUUUAUCUGGUACAACGUGUUCAAGCUGGCGCUGACUGAGCGACUGUACGACGAGGCGCAUGUGGCCCUGCACCACGUCGUUGCACGCGCCAACUCGGCGACGGUGGACGAAUGUGUGCGCCAUUUCGUGCUGCAGCUGUGCGACGCGGGGCGGGUCGAUGUGGUCGUCGGGUUCACGUGGGGCGCGCUCGACGCCAAAGUGGAGGACGUGCUGCAGUGGCAGGCCGCCAACACCCACGCCAACCUGACAAUCAAGCGCGCAUCGCAGAGCGCCGUGUCCGUGCUGCGGCUGCUGUACAGCUUCCUGGUCAAGCGCGCGCGAUUUGCCGCUGCCGCGCAGGCCAUGCACGCUUUGUUUGUGCGGCUCGAGCCCGAUGCAUUCCAUGUGGACGUGCUGCGGGUACAACGGGACGCGCUGCUAGCCGCGACGAACGUGCUCGCGCUGGUGCCGGCACCCCAAAAUCGGUGGUUUAUCCACCAAGAACCAAAGACCACCAACCGAACGACGGACCCCCUCCGCGUCAUCACGGCCUCCGACUUGCGUCGGGAGCUGCUGAUUGUGCGAGGCAAAUUGAAGCUUGUCGGGUCGAGCGCGGCGGCGCUGGCUGGCCAAAGCGGCAGCGAAGUGGUGUCGCUGCUGCUGAAACAUCUGACGCCGGACGGCACGAUGGCCACAAACGUGGCGCUGGCGGUCGCGAUUGCCCGAGCCAUUGACAUGGACGUCAAAGUGGUGGUGCGCGCCGUCGCCCGCGAUUUUGCCUACUCUAGCGGGACGGAAUCGCUCCUCCAAGCGCUGCUCCGGCACACCCACAGCCCGGACGCAUACCUGGCGGCGGUGGACACGCUCCUGCAGUCGCAUGCGCCGCUUCCGACGUGGCUCACGGACGCCGCGGUGGCCGCAGGACUGCUGACCGCCGUCGCGCUGCUGCGACUGUAUCUGGACCACGGGGUGCUCGACGAAGCGGUGGCGCUGGCGAUCGAUCAUUUGGUUCCCAAAGACUUGUCGCAGACGGCAUUUCACCAGGCAGCUGCCGCCGACACGUCGCCAAAGCACUGGAUGCCGUACGAGCUGCUCGACAAGUUGCUCGGCGCAUGCGACGCCGUUGGUGGUGAUGACGUGGCGCCACUACAACACAACGCCACUCGACUGAAGCAACGGCUGGCCGAGUAUUUCCAGUAUGUCCACGUCGUGGACGCCGCCGCGUCGAUCCGUCGACAGCACGAACGUCCUCCGACUGCUAGUAGUAUUAGUAGCACAACUACUAGUAGUACUCCGAUGACGUGGUCGACUAACUAAAAUUCCACCCUCACUUCUCGUUGUAGUGUUCUAUUCGUCCAAUCAUGUUGCGCAUUUAUGGUUUAUGCGACAGAGUGCAACAGAUCCGUCGUGUGAGGAGCCAACGGCCCAAGCAGCGUCACAUGGGAGGCGUCGUCGUUGAACGCACACGCAUAUCCGUGAAAAGUCACGCCGGCCGCCUUGGCCUUGUCGCAGUGGGCAGCAAACGCUGGAUCAUGGAGCGAGCUCGGCGCAAACGUCGCGCAGUCACUUCGCUGGACGAGGAACACCACGGCAGCGCGAUGGCCUUUGCUGCGUACAUGGGCCAGCUCCUCAAUGUGCUUGGAUGCUCGGGUGGACACGGUGUCUGGGAAGACGGCGCAGCGGCGUCGAGAUGACAAAGCAUCGCGUCCUCCAGCUUGUUCUUCUUCUUUGGACAGGGUGACGCUCUUGACUUCAACAUAUGUGUCGACUUGAUCGUCGGUGGUCACGACAAAGUCGACGCGGCUGUCCUUGGUGUGCUUGACUUCGGGUUGGAUGGACGUGAUGCGCCGAUGGCCGACGACUUGGGGGAGCCAUCCGUUGCGCAAGGCAGUUUCGACCAUGCGAUUGGCAGACGCAGAAUGCACGCCUACCCACACCAUCGCGUCGGCCUGGUUCUAGUUCAAAACAAGAAUA